AGAACGUAUACAGCAUAAGUGGCCGAGCCGGAUAAGCCAGAUACCCAUCUAGCAGAAGACACGGCUAUGGCAACUCUAGUGCAGAAGGUUAACGCCAGCCUGAGCAAGGCUGGCCUCAGACCCAUCACCAGGGACAGUGUCCUGUACUACUACGCCCCUAUGAAGGGCUGCCUCUCCUACGGCGUCCUCAGUAUACAGAUGUUCACCCCGGAGCUGUUUGAGAACUUCCGCUUCUUGGUUAUACCUCAUCAUAUCUCAUUGACCAAUGCCUGCUUGGUGAACUCUAUUUGUGGGACAGGGCUCUACUUAUACUCCAGCCGACACUUAGCACAAGCUGCUCGUAAAGAAAAGUUAUUAUUCUGCACUUUUGGGACUGUAAUGUUUAAUCUUGGAUCGAUGCUGCUCUGGGCGCUGGGCCGCACUGUGGCACCCGAGAACCCAGUCCUCCGCACGGUGAUGGGUGCUGCUGGUGCAGCAGGAGCUUUAUAUCUUGGUAGGAACUAUGUUGCUUAUUUAGAUGCACAUGUCAGAACUUCCAAAGCUUAGAUGAUUGUAAACACUUGGUCCUUAACCAGUGCUUCCAACACAAGAAGAUUUAUUGUAAACAUAAUAAAAUAUAAUUUAUUACAUGGUAUGUAUACUGUAAAGCACAACAGGUAAUAUUAUAACAAUUGCUAUUUUGGGUAAAUUUCAAGCACAAUAUUUACCAACUUUGUAUAUAUGGUGUAGAUGACCGAAUGGAAGUUUCAUGUUAAGUAGUGAGUUCACAGGCUUAUGUAAGGGUGUAAUAAACCUGCAAUAUUGUAUUUAAUCAUGGCUUCCAAAAUAUUUGUUCUUGUUAUUUAACUCGUGUUAAAGCACAUUAUUGUAUAUUAUUCAGUCUCAUCAUCUGUGACAAAAACUUCAUAAUUUAAGAACAUUCUAGGAACAAAGAACAAUAGAAAGCACAAAUAUGGUGGUUCAAAUAAAAUUUUUGGAACAUGUACUGUACGUGAAGUGAAGUAAAACUACUGUAGUUUUGAUGGUAUGAUUUUUGUAACGUGUAUUUUAUCAAGACCUGAAGUUUACACUAGAUGUGCUAAAAUCAUUUUCCACUAGUGGUAAAUCUGCAUCUCUGAUAUUUGUAAUUAUUUUGUGCAUUACUAAGGAAAUUUUAGGCCAAGGUUUGAAUUUCAAUCAUUGGGUGAAAUUACAUACAGCAUUCUUAUGUUAUGAUGUAUCAAUAAUCAGGAGCCUUCAGCUGAUCAUUGACAGAAUGCAAAAAUUUGCCUUCUAAUAGUACAUGCAUAGCUUGUAAGAUGAAAAAUCACUUUUCCCAAUUUGUAGUUAUUCACUAUAUUUAAUGAUUUCCUUGUCUGUUGAAGUUAUGAGAAUGUGCAGAAAUAAUAUAUCAAUUGCACUUUUACUGCUUUUUUAUGAUAAAUGAAAAUAUAACUACAUUGUAUAGGUGUUUAUUAGACAGUAUUGUAUUGAAGUGGUAGUAGGGAGCAGACAAUACUGCACUGUAUUUGUUAUAACAUGCACGAAAUCAAUGUGCCAUCAGCUCUUGUCAAUAUCUUCAUUAUUGUACAGUACUAUACAGUAUAUCUAUUAUCCUUAACAUAAUACCAAGGUACUGCAACUUAAUCAAACUAGGUCUAUUUGCAGUUUAUUAUAAUGAACUGUUGGUAACAUUUUAUGACAAGGUGACAGAUUCUUUUCAAUGAAGGAAUAUUUUUUAGUCAUAGAUUUCCAUUGACUCCAUAUAAAGCAAAACAGAAAAUCAGUAAUAAUUUUGAAAGUUAGUGGUGUCAGACUUGUUCUUGGUCUCUUACAGUUACAGGCAAAAUAUAGGCUCUUUUUCAAGUGUUCUUUAGAAUGUUCUUCCAUUAGAAUUUUAAACAACCAUUAGAAAAUAUAGCAAAAUUUGAAUAUUCGUUUUGAUUUAGUGACCAGAUAUUUAUUCUCAUCCAUGUUUAACAAGACUUAAAUAACUAUAUUUCAUUGUGUGAUUUGUAUUAAAGUCUUUGAACUGAUUCCAUGUUGAGAGAUCUGCCUUAAUUAAACUGUAAUUUAAUUGUCAUAUAAUUUGUAUUGCUAGCUCUUGGAUAAUCAUUAAAAAUGCAUUAAAUGAACUGGAUCAUGCAUCUUAAGAUAUAUUUGUUCAGGUGAAACAAUGCACUGUUCAGGAUCUCUCUGAACACGUCAUGCACAGAUGACUUAUUAUAAGUAGAUGUAUAAUGAUUUUGUAGUUUUAUAGACUUCCUGAAAAUUGUAUUUAUUUUUUAUUUUUAUUUUUUUUUUUAGUUAAGCUUUCUUGGAAAUGUUGAUGUUAUCUGUUUUACUAGUUAAGCAUUGUAUUUGUGACUUCAGUAUACUGUACAAGGCUUUAUUUUGUGCAGAAAAUUAGUGAUGUAAAAGAUUUUUCAUUGACUGUAUAGAUGACUUGUAGCACAAAUGUUUUACACUGAAGUAGGGAAAAAGAGAACCUUUAAAAUUUGCUGUAAUAGUAUUAUAAAAAAUGGGAACACCUGAAUUGCAGUGGGCAUUUUCUACAGUUAGUGUUAAGAAUAAUUGAUGAGUGUUUAAUAAGAAUUUUAUUUGGUAUACAGUACUGUGUAUAUUUAUCUGAAAUACUGUAACAGCAUUCAAGUGUUUUUGGAAGUUGUGAUAAAAAUGUUAUACACCCUAAAAACUGUUAUGUAGCUGUAUAAUAAAGCUUUCUUUAAU